GGGGUUAACAGAGGCUCCGCCCAAACCAUCUAACAUACCUCAUGCAUGAUGGCUACUCGUUACAAUGAAACACAAGAGUAACUCUUCCUCGUCAUCAUUCACUUCCUCGUCUUCAUCCUGAUCAUGAGAGGUUCAGUUUGAGAGUCAGACGACACUCGCCGGAUCACGGGUAUCAAAGUGAAAAUAUCAUCACGCAGAGAAGAGAAAAGAAACAUGGACAGAAGAGCUUUGAUGUGUCUCCUCUGCCUGCUGACAACUGUGAGCACAGAGGAUGUUUUAAUCAAGAUUACUCGUGAAACUGAAGGAGGUCUACAGCUAGAGUGUUCUGGAGGAAAGUUUGAGAUGAACGACAAUACAACAUUGACGAUUUCAUUGGAUGAGUCUGGAGAUUAUUCUUGCAAAGGGGAAAAUAUUGAGAGUGAAAGAGUUACAAUUACAGUAAGAGUCCGAGACAGUGAUAAUCUGAUCCAGAUGGACUUCAUGUCAACCCUCGCUAUAGUGAUGGGUGACAUCGCAGCAACCAUUCUGAUCGGAUGGGCCGUUUACAGCAUCUGUGCUCAACCCAAACCCAAGAACAACUAUCAGAGAAAUAAAGCAUCUGACAGGCAGAAUUUAAUCAAUAAUUCAGGAGGAGACACAUAUCAGCCGCUGAGCACCCGCUCGGAUGACUACAGCACGCUUCAACCAACACGCAAGAAUAAAAGCAGAGCUGUUUCACCCUAAACAUGACAUCAAGAUAACAUUUAACAACAUUUAGAUUCAAUGACCAAAUCCAGCAGAAAUGUUUGUGUCAUGAUGACUCAAGCUUCUAUAUAAAUCUAUUCAUAUUUAGACUCUCGCUAGAUUAUUCUCAACACAAAUCUUACAUUUAUAACGAAACCGCUGUUAUUCUAACAAAGUGAUGAUGUGAGAUUAACACGAAGAGUUUCAAAAUAAAGUUUUCCGAAUGAAGAGGAAAAUGUAACAUAUUCAUGUUCAUAUCGUCACUGAACUUCUGAAACCUCAAAAGUUCAAAUCGUUCAGUGAAUGGAAAAACAUUGUACUUAUGAAAAGAUUAAAUACAGGAAGACUGCAUCUUUUAAACCUUUUUAUUACUUAGAUAUUAUCAAAACCCAGCGACAAACAUAGACGUGUCUAAUAAUAGUGAUUCAUGACAAAUAAAAUAUGACGAUAUGAUGUUUCAGAAGGACAGAAGCCAUAUAUAUAUUCAGUAACAUCACUUACCUACAAAAGAUCACUUGGUAACACUUUAUGAAGCAUUUAUAAAUAUGUUCAUUAAUGAUUAAUAUGUCAUUUACAAAUUAAUUAUAAAUCAGUUAUAUCCGCAUGUAUAAAAAGGGGAUUUUAACCAAAUACCUGCCAAGUAGUGAGCACGUAUAAGAAAAACAACAUUACAGUCUCUGGUCUGACAGCCUUGUUUACAAACAACAUCAAGAUAAUAAUCAUUCUGCUUUUGAGUCAAAGAAAUAAUCAAUUAAUACAUUUAUUUGGCAUUUAUAACAUAAUAAUAAUUCUCUAUUUGGCAGCUAUUUGGCUAUAAUCCCUAUUUUUAUUCAUGUGAUUAUAACUGCUUUAUAAUCCGUUUGUAAAAAAUUAUUAAUGAACACAUUUAUUAAUGCUCUAUAAAGGGAACCUUAAUGUAAAGUGUUACCGAUAACUUGAACAUUAAAGAUGUUUGUAAACACACUUAUCAGUUCAUAAUGUACAGAUACGACUUUAGAUUUUGAAAUGUAUUAGUUAAUAUGACAAAAAACAUGGAUAAAUACAAAAGAAGUUGAGUUUAUUGUUUGUUCGUGUUAACUGAAGUUCAUGCAUAAAAUCGCAUUGUAAUGUGACCAACGUGUGUUAAUAAAAUAAAUAUUUCCGCUACGUUCUGACGAAAGGAAAAGACAAUCAGAUUAAAGUUGUGUGAGUUUUCUCCGUUCACGUCUGAAUGAUCAUGAUCGUAUUUGCCAUGUGCAGUAAAUGUUGCUGUUACAGACGCACGGAUGAAUAAAGAAUAAUGUGAAAUAAUGAUUCAUAUUUCCUUUACUCUUUUGAUGCGUGUUUUGAUUCAUGAAAUGUGUUUCCAGUGAGAUGCUGAGCAAAUGUUGCUGGAUCAUUAAAACAGCAUUUCAUAUCAAUAUUUCUCUGACGUUCAUACUGUAUAUUCAAUAAAUAUCCUUUAUUCUGU